AUGUCCUGCGGAAUGCCGAGCACCCUUCCUCUGUCUGCGUAUGGUCUCCAGUCUCUUCCCAUUGCCGUCCCGCUUAUCCCAGCUCAUCCCAGCUCAUCCCUCUCCUACUCACCAAAAUACGCCGAAUACUUCGCAAAACAUCCUCAUCUCAGAGACGAAUAUCAGAUUUCUGUUCAAGAGUCAGAGCGUACUAGUUCGAGGACUUAUCACCACCGAAUGGAGUAUGGUAUAUGUGAUGAAGCUCAAGGAACAGCAUUCAAAUUGAGAGAGAUAUGGGAGAAGGCAAGCAUCGUGACUGUGGACGACGAGGCUCCUUCCGAGACGACGACUCGGACACUACCUGCUCAACCGCCAACUCCUCCGCCACGCAACCCCCUGCGUGCUCUUCUUCAGCCCGGUACCACCUCCUCAUCGCUCGGGGAGAGCUCUGGAUUCCACACCACCUCGCCGACUACUACCGCCUCCUCAGCCACCACUCCUCCCGGAACACACACAGCUUCAUGUGCUUCAUCUACCCCAUCUUUGGCUAGGAGCGAGUGCCGUCCCCCAACUUCACUUUUGCCUCCCCUCAAGCCCUUGGUGGCCGCUAAUGAAGAGAUCUCAGACUCGGGUUCUUCCUCGUCACACUACUCUGAUUCAUCCUCUGGACUCGAAUUCCACUGUCGCCACUGUCGACCUGUCUCCGACACUUCGAGCACCCAGACUAUCUGUAAAACCUAUGGGAGGUACUGGUGUAUGGCGCUGCAGGGAAGGGUGGGAGUGUGGAAAAGGGUUGAAUUGGAAACCGGCGAUAGAGAGUGGCCAGUAUGCCUUGGAUCAGCUGGAAGAAAGAUGGAGGCGACGAGAGCAGCGCAUGGCACAUGUCGAAGAGAUGACGCAAAUCGAGAUUGGAGGUCCUGGAUUUGA